ACAAAAACAGAAUCUGSCUCACAGCAUUSUGUUUCCUGACAAUCAGACAAUUUGGGGAAGGAAACUAUAAUGUACAACAGAGUAUCGAAUAAGCAUCAUCGUUCCAGAGACAUGCUAUUUCGCAACGGGUGUUGACUCGUGAGAUAAAAAAGAUUUUAAUCCGACGUCGAUUGGGAAUAAAGAGACAUAGCCACCGCGGAACACGGCGAAGCGCAUCAGAAGAAGCCAAUAUUGCACACGCCACAGCUUCUAGUGYCAGUAACAGCGGCAGCACAAUGCUCCUCACGAGAGUCGUCCGGGCGGCAAGCAGCGCCCACAAAACCGCCACAGCGGUAGGGAACCACAAGAUGGGGUUUGAAACCGCCCUCGGGAAGACGUUUCUGGACCGGAAGAACGCGUCGGGAAUCCUGACGGCGUGCAUAUGGUGGACGACCCUGGAGUUCUCGGGCAAGUCGUCGUCGCUGGCUUCGCAGUGGAAGCAAUCCCCGRCGUUUGGGAGCAUUACAAAGCAUUAGACAAAGGCCAGAKGAGACGAAAGAAUUGRUUGCGGAGYUCCGACAAUCUUGCCAUCCACAAAGGUACACAUGGAGGCAUUUGUGCGAGAACAAAGAAAUAGCAAGAUUACGCAGAUGGUGGRAAAGUGAAAAAGAAUACAUUAGAAUUAAAAAUAAUACAUCCGAAUAGAAAUGCGCUYGAUCUUGAUGUUAACCGRGUCAAUCAUUGAUCAGCUGGGAAAGAMAAUAUAAAAUUUGUUUACAG